GGCAGCGUGUGUUGAAUAUGUUCAGUGUGGCUGGCGGAAGGAUAAGAGGAGGAUCGGGUCGGUGAGGACCGCGGGGACGGGACAAGGACCCUGUUCUUGCACGUGUGCAGACGCGUGUAAUCACUGCCAAACAGCGAGUGCUUAGCCCACCCUCGUGUGUCCUAGAGACUGAUAACGGUGGUGUCGGUGAUGGUUUAGGGAGAGAAGAGACGACGGAGAGGUUGUUAACGGGGAGUUGAGUGACCGUGUGAGGUGUUGGCCCCUGCCCGUUACAGGACAAAGACCCAAUACUGUGUACACUAAACCUGCCACCAUUCUCUCCACAACUCUCCCGGCCUAUAAGUGUGACGCCGAUCCCCCUCUCUCAUGUGAUCUAUCCCAAGAACUGUCCCCAGACUAGCCACAAGCUAUCCGAACACUGCCUCUUAUAAAUGAUCUCCUGUUAAAUGCUCAAGUCCAAGACUACGUAACUCCUAGUAUAUUACAAGUGAAACCUAAGUUAAUAUCACUGCCAUUGUGUUAGAAAGUCUUCAGGGAGAAGUGUGAGAAGAGCCGUCAGUAACAGUACUGGACGCAACAGUUCCGCCAGACCAAGUGUUGAUGGGUGAAGGAGUCCGCUCUGACGCUGGGCUAUCAAAGCAUUUCAACAAGUAUUGUACAUUGAACCUGGAUUUGGCCGAGCCAAUGAAGUUCAUCUCCGCUUGGGGUUAAUGUUCAAAGUCCAGAGUGACUAUGAAUCAUCACUUAAACACUUCCAGUCAGCAUUAAUUGAUGUUGGUCCAGCAUCAUUUUCUAAACUUGAAAUCCAGUUCCAUGUAGCUCAUUUGUACGAGCUUCAAAACAAACACAGAGCUGCUCGAGAAGCAUACGAGAACCUGCUAAAAGAGACGGACCUUCCUAACCACCUUCGUGCCGACAUUCAGCGCCAGCUGGGAUGGAUGUACCAUACUGUUGAAAGUUUGGGAGAGAAGUCAUACCGGGAACUGACCGCUGUACAGUAUUUACAAAAGUCUAUUGAGGCUGACCCUAAGAGUGGGCAAAGCUUGUACCUGCUUGGUCGCUGUUACUCUGCCCUUGGAAAAGUGCACGAUGCAUUUAUAGCUUAUAGAAACUCUGUUGACAAGUGUGAGGGUAAUGCUGAUACUUGGUGUUCUAUAGGUGUGUUGUAUCAGCAACAGAAUCAGCCAAUUGAUGCACUUCAAGCUUAUAUUUGUGCAGUGCAAUAUGACAAAGGGCACACUGCAGCUUGGACUAAUCUAGGUAUUCUGUAUGAAACUUGCAAUCAACCUCGUGAUGCUCUAGCUUGCUAUAUGAAUGCAACACGUGGUAGUAAUAAACCUGUGAACCCCAACCUUGCGCCACGCAUAAAAUUUCUCCAACAGCAACUAGCAAAUGCUCCCAUGCCGAGUGCAAUUAACAAGCCUCGGCAGCUGCUGAGCAUUGAGGAGGCCUGGAAUCUUCCUGUUACAACAGACAUGUCAAACAGGCAACAGGGCCAGAGCCAGGGCCAGCAAGUGUCUGGUCAGCAAAGGUCAUUAGCAGCUGGGACCAGUAAUUUCCAAAAGUAUGGCCAGCAGUUUGGACCUGCUGGGUCAACAGGACCGCCACCACCUUACCCAGCUCCAGGUAAUGAUGCCAAACGGUUCAAGCCUGAUUUGGCUGGAGACCAGCAGCGACCACACUUCUACCUCAAUCAACAACAGAUGCAGAUUUUGCAUUAUCAACAGCAGAACCAAGCCAGUUUAACUCCACAGCAGCAGCAACAACUCCAACAGCUGCAACAAAAUUAUCGACUCAUGCAGCAACAUCAGAUGAAAAUGCAUCAGCAACAACAGAUACAGCAGCAACAGCAGCAGCAGCAGCAGCAGCAGCAAUCUGUGCAAGGUCCACAAGUAUCCCCCAACCUUGGCCAACCUCCUAGUUUUGUUCAAGGUGGACAGAUAGCUCGUCCAGUGCAAUCUGCUGGUGUUGCAACCUAUACACAACCAGCAACAAAUGGGGUAAACAGAGGAUUUAUUACCCAGAGACCUCAGACACCAACAACAAAUUAUAACCAAACUAAUCAGGCUUAUUCUCAACCUUCUUCAACUGGUGGAUAUAUUACCCAAAAUACAUCUUACACCAAUGGAGGAGUUCCAACAACUUCUGCUAGUUAUGGUUUUAAUAAUGGCUACAAUAGCAGCAACAUGAAUGAGGCAUUACCCAAAGACCUAAGUGGCAUUACACCAGAAACAACAGUCAGUGAUCAAGAACUCCAAGAACUUAAAGAACUCAUCAGCCAAAGGGAAUUCACCACAUCUCUUGCAGAAGAUUUGUUAAAUCGUUUAGCUCAAGGGGAAGAUGUAAUUGAUGAAUUGGCAAAGGCUGGUGAUGUUGGACCAGAAGUAGCCUUACCUAAUACCCAAUUCUCCACAUCAGCCACCUCUCCAUCGACAACUUCUGUCCCAACUACUGCAUCUACUUCUGCCACAUUACAGUCAGGAGUCACAUAUAUCAAGCAAGAAGUUCCUGACAGUAAGGUUUCAUCUCUGAAUAUUUUACCUGAAACAAAGCCUCGUUUGACCAAUGUGCGACUUUGUGAAAUUAAAGUCGAGCCUAUAGCUGAACCUGUUUUCUCAAUUAACAUGAGCAGUGCUGAAAUCAUAUCCGGAUGUAAGGGUCGUGGAGCUAGUGCCCGUAAUACUAGCAUGGUUUCAGAUAAGCAGCUACCCCCAUCUUUGCCAGAGCCUCCCAAAGUAAAACUAAAUAAGGAACAGCUUCUACCUAAUACACCUUCAGUACUUUUAGACAAUAAAAAACUAGCAUUUUCACCACAGUUGCAAGAAUUCUGUCUACAACAUCCAAUAGCUGUUGUGAGAGGUUUAGCUUCUGCACUUAAAUUAGAUUUGGGGCUCUUCUCUACAAAAACUUUAGUUGAAGUAAAUCCUGAGCACACAGUCGAGGUUCGAACUCAAAUGAAGCAAGAUGCCGAUGAAAAUAUUGACGCAGCAACUGAACUUAAAAUAUGGCCAUGUGCAAGUCAUCGUUCCCACACUACGGUUGCCAAAUACGCCCAGUACCAAGCAUCCAGCUUCCAAGAGAGUUUGAAAGAAGAACAAGAUCGGAUUGCAGCAGGUGCGCCAAAGACUGAUGACAGUAAAAAGAAAAAAACUCAAAAGAUGAUCAAGUUUGGCACAAAUGUCGACUUAUCCGAUGAAAAGAAGUGGCGUACACAACUUACGGAGCUAAUGAAGCUGCCGGCGUUUGCAAGAGUUGUGUCUGCAGGGAACAUGCUCUCUCAUGUUGGGCAUGCCAUUCUUGGAAUGAAUACUGUACAGCUUUAUAUGAAGGUCCCAGGUUCAAGAACACCUGGUCAUCAAGAAAAUAAUAAUUUUUGCUCUAUCAAUAUAAAUAUUGGACCAGGAGACUGCGAAUGGUUUGGUGUUCCUGAUGCAUAUUGGGGAGUUAUUGCAAACCUUUGUGAGAAAAAUGGAACCAACUAUCUACAUGGUUCAUGGUGGCCAGAUUUACAAGAGUUGUACGAUGAAAAUGUUCCUGUUUAUCGUUUUCAUCAGAAACCAGGCGACAUGGUCUGGGUUAAUUCAGGGUGUGUGCACUGGGUCCAGGCUGUUGGUUGGUGUAAUAACAUUGCCUGGAAUGUGGGACCUCUCACUGCACGUCAGUAUAUUUUGGCUUUGGAGCGGUAUGAGUGGAAUAAACUGCAGAGCUUCAAGUCCAUUGUGCCUCUCAUUCAUCUAUCAUGGAAUUUGGCUAGAAAUAUAAAAGUAUCUGACCCCAAGCUCUUUGAAGCUAUCAAGGGCUGUCUUAUGCGAUCGCUUCGUCAAGUUUACUUAUCUUUAGAUUACGUUAAAAUGUGUGGCAUGGAUACCAAAUUUCAUGGUCGAACUCGAAAUGAUGCAUCCCACUACUGUGGCGUUUGUGAGAUUGAGGUAUUUAAUGUGUUGUUUGUGAAGGAACAAGAAAGACGGCAUGUAGUGCACUGUAUUGACUGUGCAAGACGGCAAGCUCCGCGGCUUGAAGGCUUUGUUGUUUUAGAAGAAUAUCAUCUUAGUGAUCUAUGCCAAGUUUAUGAUCACUUCAUUUUACAGCCAGUUGAGGGAGAGACGUUACCAGGCCAAGCACCAACCCCGCCUCCUACCUCCUCAACUCCAGCUCCCCUCACGUGACCUAACCCAGUCCUAGCGGCCACCUCGAUGUGUUCAUUGUGACAUGGGGUGGUUUCUAGCCAGAUGGUUCUUAUUUCUUGUAAAGAAUAAGAAAGACUCCCUGCUUUUAUACACAAAUGGAAAAAACUGCAUCUACAAGAGACAGCAAGUGUUAGUGGGCAGCAGUGUGUUGUUGUGGAAAGACAAAGUGAUUUGCUGCAAGUAGCAUUAAGUUAUAAAUAAGAAUUUACGUCACUGCCAGUGCACCUUCCAGAGGCCUUUUCUAUUAUUGACUCAUUGUAGUCACGGUGGCCGUAUUUUUCACAUCCAGAUUCUUGGAAGCUAUUGCAGUGAAAAAUGGGCAUUAUGAAAAAAUGCUGCCGAGACACUACGAAUGAAUGAAGAAAGUGAUUUAGCCGUGUGAUUGUUGCAAUGAAGCAUCUAGAAAUUCUGCUUCCAAUUCUGCCACUCUCCAAGGCAUAAUGAUAAUGAUCUCAUAGAACUCAAGGACACAGUAAAAAGCAACACUGGCAUUUGGAGAGUGUGAAAGUAAGUGUGAGUGAAUGAAUGUGUGAGAGUGUGUGUGUGUGUGUGUGUGUUUUGGAAGUGGUUCACUGUGAUGGGCUUGCAAUUGUGCCAGAAAUAGAGCUGUUGCAGGACCCACCAUGUAAUUUCCUCAUGGUGAUAAUAGUGGUUGCCAAGACAGUUAACAGCUAGUGCUGAAUUAGCUGUAGUCGGGGGUAGUAGAAAUUGCGUGUGGUUGAUGGUAUGGUACUACCCAGUCUUAAUUUAUUAGCCUUGCCUACGCAUUAUGUUCUCCUUCCAAGUUACCAGCCAAAGGGACUGGCCUUAGUUGUAGUUACAGGUGUGUGUGCAUUAAAAGGUUUCAAAUCACUGCCACAAGAAGUGUGUUUUAUAUCUUGUGAUAAUCUUGACUGCCACAAAAUCUACCACUUUGCAAAAGUCUCAGAGCUUACCCAUCUUAACUCUUUCCACAUGCAUUGUUCUGGAUGUUCUGUGAUCAGCAGUUUUGUUUUGUACAGAUACAUAUAUUUUUAUUGAAUUAUUUGGUUACGUUGAAUAACUCGUUUAUAAAAGCUCCUACCGAGGAUCCCAAGUCAACAUGUCCAUCCAUCCCAGUGCAUCUGGAAAGAAUGACAGGGAUGUAAGGACAAAAUUAUAUUAAUUUUCCUCCUAUUUUGGGAAGGUUGUCUCCUCUCUGCCCUUACAGUAUUUUACAAAUUGAUACAUAUUUGUGGUCCAGAAUUACUAAUCCCACAUUUUGGGAUUAUAUGAAUGAAUGUGCAACUCCAAAAUGUUGGGCAGUAUGAUAUUUUUAGUUAUUUUACUUCUAUAGUUGCUGUUUGUUAUUUUUUUUUAAUUGUUGAUUUUUUUUUGUUAUCAGUUCUAAAGUAACAUUUUAGUUUGAGAAUUGCUGUGCAUUUUAAAUUGCAUUCAGAUGUGUUUGUUUCCAAUUAAAGUUCAUGUCAGGUGAAGAUGGUGAGCAGUAGGACUUCAGACAAUAUUUUUGGAAAUUCUGGAGGAACAUAAGGUAUGGCAAACUAAGUGCUCAACAAAUUGUACCUGAAAUGGGCAUGCCUAAGGAAAUAAGUUCCACUAAAAUAUAUAUUAUUUUAUUUUUUUUUUUUUUUUUUUUUUGUCAAAUGCUGUUGACCGCAAGUCCUUACGAUGCCCUCGCAUUGUGGACAAAUAAUGUGAGCUCUGAGCUGAGAACUCUUAAACAAUAUCCAUACCAGAAGGCUGUGCACCAAGGGCUGAGUGCUUAAACUCCACUUGAGAAUUAGCAAGACCAAUAAAUUAAAUUAGUAUUGACUGUAUAGCAUAUGUAGAAGUCAGUAAAUAGGCUACACAGUACAAGGCAGCUUGCUAUUGAUCAUGUGCUGGUUAAGAACUUAGUUCACAACUUCCUCUCCACUCCUCCCUAUUGAUUCGCCCAAACUUCUUUAUUCUGAUCUUUAUAUCAUGUAUAGUUUUUCAUGCGACACAUUCUAGUUUGUCCUCAGUAUUACACAUUGAACAUAUUUGUGCUUUUAUAAUAAUUCAUCUGUCCUUUGUAAGAAAAGUAAAUAUUUAAAAAAAUCUUAAAAAAAAAGUGUCGGUCUCAUCAAAUGUUCAGCAAUGCAGUAGUAAAUAAUUAUGAACUGUAUGUUGCUGUAAUAAGGGUUUUUUUCAUUAGCAGUUUCGUAAAUUCAGUACUGUAUUGCCUACAGUUAAGUUUUAUUUAUGUUAUUUAAAACAUACUGAGUUCUAUCUGUAUGUAAUGUAUAAAACUAAAGUCUAUUCUUUCUCAUUGUGUAAGUAAAGUGUUGUCACGCUCACUUAACUAGAUGAGCUCGUAUACAUUUGUACAAUUUUUGGGAGUAGGGAUUUUGGCAAAACAGUGGAUGUAGUUAAUGAGGUGUGGGUGGAGUGGAAACUAUUUUAAGCAAUUAUUGAGUAGGAGCACUAUAAUGCUAUUACAAAGUGUUUCGAAUUAAGCUCCUUAGCAAUGUAAAUCAUAUCAUCCUUUCAUUGAAAAUUCUCAUUAUGUCACAACUUAAUAAAUUAUUAGUGAUGCAAGCUAAUUGGUUGACAAGAGCUUCUCCGCUCACACCUGUUUCAGGGAUCUGUGUUGACCUUGUGUCCAAUACUGUACAGAGUAAGUCUGCUAAUAAAGCCUAACUCACUGGAA